CUAACUGGAAUAACAGGUUACUGCAGAAGGAAGGAGCAUUUCAUCACGCCUUAAAAGUGAAAGCAUAUCGUGACAAACUGCGUAGCCACUUCUUUCUCUAAGUGUUUCAUUUGGCUUGUUGUGACCCGUCUACAGUCACAUAAAUUGAAGAUGGCGGAGGGGCCUUCACUGCCUGAGUUGUCUGGUAAUGAUUCAAUGAUGCGGAUUCUUCUGAUGGGCAGGAAGUGUUCUGGGAAAAGGUCGUCAGGAAACACAAUAUUGGGAAAAAGAAAGUUUCAAGUUAAAAGGCCUCAAGAUGCAGUAUGUGAGGAUAUAUCACAUAUCAGUGGAAAGCAGGUGCAUGUGAUUGAUCCUCCAGAUCUACUGGAUCCAGAUCUCUCUAAAGAGAAGAUUAAUGAUAUGAAAGAGGAACUCCUCACUCUCUGUUCAGCAGGUCUCAGUGCAGUACUGCUGGUCGUACCUUUAGAGAAAAAAGUGGAAAAUGAGGAAGAGAUUUUAUAUUUGAUUGAAGAUAUAUUAGGACCUGGUGUUCAGAAAUACAUCAUGGUUCUGUUCACACAUGGAGAUGAACUGGAGGAUCUGGACGAGACCAUUGAUGAAUAUCUACAAGACAAAGAUCAUGCAGAUCUACAGCAGCUGGUUACAGAAUGUGGAGGAAGAUUUCACUGUUUCAAUAACAAGUGUAAAGAUGAAGAUCAGGUCACAGAAUUACUGCAGAAGAUUGAGAGAAUGAAAGGAGAAAAUGGUGGGAAAUUCAUCAAGGCACGAAGAAGAAGCAGCAGAAACACUGGUGUCAAUUUUUCAGAAGAAAGUCCAGCAGAUGAAAGUUCAGAUGAGCAUCAGAUUCCUGAAAGAAAACAGCAGAUCAGACUGGUGUUACUGGGGAAAACUGGUGUUGGGAAAAGCUCAACAGGAAACACAAUCCUGGGCAGAAACGUGUUUCAAUCCUUCGCCAGCUCAAACUCUCAGACGAAUCAGUGCAGUUUGGAAACCAAUGUGAGGAUCGGUAAAGAGAUCUCAGUGAUCGACACACCUGGACUUUAUGAUACUAAACUCCCCAAAGACGAGGUUAUAAAAGAAAUUUUGAAAUGUAUGAUCUACUCCUCUCCUGGACCGCACGCUUUUCUUAUCGUGAUUAAAGUGGGACGAUUCACUGAGGAGCAGAAAAAUACAGUGAAGCAGCUGAAAGAAGUAUUUGGAGAUCAGAUGGAGAAGUAUACAAUGAUCAUCUUCACUCAUAAAGAUCAGUUAGACAAGGAAAAUAAAACCAUUGAUAAAUAUCUACAGAAAGCUGAUCCAGAUCUUCAAACUCUCGUGCAUAGCUGUGGAAACAGAUACAUCUGUAUGGACAACAACUCUGCCAGUUACCCACAGUUCAAAGAUCUCCUCGAGAAAAUAGAGAUGAUGAUGGCAGAAAAUGGAGGGACGCACUUCACCAAUGAGAUGUUUGAAGGAACAGAGAAGUCUAUUCAGGAGAUUCAGAAGCAGAAGUUGGAGGAGAAAGUAAAGCAGUACAAACAGGAGCACAAAGUAGUUGAUCCAACAGUAUGGCAGAAGAUGCACUGCAGUUUAGCAGAGGAGUCACGACAUGAAGCUCUGGGUUUGAUCUUUAUAAACAUAAGUAUAAUCGUUAUAUCUUCCUGUCUGGAGAACACAUUGACAGAUCCUGGAGGAAGUCUUGUGGAGGCAGUAAAACCUUUAACUGAAGCCAUAAAGACACUACAAAAACAAAGAAUGUGUAGAAUUCAGUGACAAAAGUGAUGUGACAAACUUAUUUACAAGCUCCUUAUUUAAAAUGAAAGAUUCUUGCAUUUUUCACAAUACACUCACAGUGUUAAUAUUGGGUAUGAACACACAAAGUUCAGUCCUUUAUCUACAUAGAGUUUGCUUAUAUUUGUGUAGCUGUUAAUUUAAAGUGUGGAUGUGGGGUAGGUUUUUGACUAAUGUUGUGUAUAACUGAUGUUCAUAGCUGUUUAAAUGUAAGGUCUGAUGGCACUUAUAGCCAGUCUUUCAGAAAAUGAAUAUAUAUCUAGUGUAUGAGAAUGUGCUGUUACAUUAUUAUGUGCCAAUAAAACAAUCGUUAAAGCUC